UCAAUCAUUUCGAUCAUUUCGACGACGACGACGGUUGUGUUUUUUUGUUGGGUGUUGUUUUCAGCGGAACCGAGAAGAGUGAGUUGAGUUCAGUUCGUGUUACAAGUUGCGUUUUCCAAAUUCAAACGUGGGUUGCCACCAGGUCGCCGUAUUAAGCUACAACGAAAAAGAAGUGCUUAAUCGCUAAUAAGCCAGUGUUCCAAGCUUAAGGAAGUUAGUACAAAUCUCAAAAAGCCUCAAAGAUGCCUUUCAAGCCAGCCGAAAACCCCAAGUGCCCCAAGUGCGGCAAGUCGGUCUACGCGGCCGAGGAACGAGUCGCCGGAGGCCACAAAUGGCACAAAGGAUGCUUCAAGUGCGGAAUGUGCGGCAAGAUGCUCGACUCGACCAACUGCGCAGAGCACGAAAACGAGCUGUACUGCAAAAACUGCCACGGACGCAAGUACGGACCGAAGGGCUACGGAUUCGGUGGCGGUGCUGGCUGCCUGUCCAUGGACACCGGCGCCCAGUUCCAGGAAGAAAGAACUAAUGGGCACAUUGAGCCGAAACCGAUACCGAAAGCACCCGAAGGAGAAGGUUGCCCUCGUUGCGGUGGAUUUGUGUACAUGGCCGAGCAAAUGUUGGCACGUGGAAGAGCCUACCAUAAGGGAUGUUUCAAGUGUGGCGAUUGCAAGAAGAAUCUUGAUUCGGUAAACUGCUGCGAGGGUCCGAACCGGGAAAUCUACUGCCGAGUGUGCUACGGUAAGCGAUUCGGUCCGAAGGGCUACGGCUAUGGCCAGGGAGGUGGAGCGCUGCAAACCGACAGCACCGAUCUAUUCGGUUCUCGCGGGUAUGGCCACUGUGGAAUGUCGUCAAUCGGGUUGAUGAGUGAUGCUCGAGACCUCGAGCUCAUGAGUGAAUUCUCACCGAAGCCAUCGUCCUCGGACACGAGUGCCAUCAAGGCUUCACCGGGGCAGGGUUGUCCGCGGUGCGGUGGUGUGGUGUUUGCGGCCGAGCAGGUCCUAUCGAAGGGACGCGAGUGGCAUCGCAAGUGCUACAAGUGCCGUGACUGUACCAAGACGUUGGAUUCGAUCAUCGCCUGUGAUGGGCCGGAUCGGGAUGUGUACUGUAAGACCUGUUACGGCAAGAAGUGGGGACCGCACGGAUAUGGAUUUGCCUGUGGUUCCGGCUUUCUGCAGACUGAUUGCAUUAGCGAGGAUCAGCUGUCGGCGGAGCGACCAUCGGUGACGAUCGACACCACCACCAUCAAGGCCCCCGAGGGUCAAGGAUGUCCCCGUUGCGGUGGAAUGGUAUUCGCAGCGGAGCAGCAGCUGGCCAAGGGAACGAUGUGGCACAAGAAGUGCUUCAACUGUGCCGAAUGCCACCGGCCACUGGACUCGAUGCUGGCUUGCGAUGGUCCGGAUCGCGAGAUUCACUGCCGUGCCUGCUACGGCAAACUCUUCGGACCGAAAGGAUUCGGCUUCGGCCACACUCCCACUUUGGUGUGCACUGAGAUCCAGUCUACCCCGGCACAUAGCGAAUUCAAACCCUUGGGUGGAACUAAGCCUUCCGAUGGCAAGGGAUGUCGUCGAUGCGGAUACUCAGUGUAUGAAGCCGAGAAGAUGCUCAGCAGGAACUUGAUCUGGCACAAGCGGUGUUUCAACUGCUUCGAUUGCCACAAAUCGCUGGACUCGACUAACCUCAAUGAUGGCCCCAAUGGAGAGAUCUACUGCAAAGGAUGCUACGGACGCAAUUACGGACCACGUGGCGUUGGCUUUGGAAUGGGUGCCGGAACGCUGACGAUGGUCUAAUCUGGACGCAGUGUUGCCAGUUUUCCCCUUCUGUAAUCAACUUUUUCCUGAUAUAUAAUUUUUAAUUUUGUAUGUCCAAAAUUAUUGCGCUAUGUAUUUGUGUAAUUUUUGAGUAACAAUUGAACGGACUAUUUUUACAAGAAAAAAAAAAUCGAGAAUGGCUGAAUCUAAACUUCCACAUUUCCCGCUUUUAUGCUUCAUGAAAUGAAACAUAUCUCUGACAAACCAACCGUGUACGUAAGAUGUAGAAAACGGUUUUAAGCUCACCCAAAAAUAAAUUAAUUCAGUUAUUCCCUGAGAAAAAAAAUUAGAAAAAGAGCCAAGUAAAACCAGUGAUCAAUAAUUACGAACGACCAGGUCAAAGACCUGUUAUCACCAGCGGAAGUUACACAACACUACACAAAACAUAUUCAACUGCGUUUUCUUUUCUGUAAAGAUUUUGUUUUUUGAAUUAAACACCAAAUAUAUUCAGCAGAACAACAACUCACCAGAGAAAUGUUUUAUCAUAUGUUCAUUGCACACACACAGAAAUACACUCACGAACUCACUCAUACUCACUCGAAUGCGAUUCCAUUUGUUGAAUCUGUUAGCUUAAAUAGAACAGAAGAAAAAACCUAGCGAGACCUACAUACAUAUAUUGAGAUGUUUGGAGAUCGAUCUUAUUUUUGCGAACAGAAUCUACUGUGAGAAGUAAAUUUUUAUAAGUGACUUUAUAUGCGGAGCAUAACCCCCAAAACUCAAAUACUAGAAGAACGUUGUGUGCUGAUCUAAAUGUAAAAUGUGAACCUAAAACCUUUCAACUGAAACUGUCAUCGCGCCAAAGCCCCUGCGAUCAAGUAAAGAGUACCAUCCCCCCUUUCCAUCAUAAGUAUGUAUCUCGUCCAAUCGACAACAUCGACAGACGGCAUUAGCUCUUAACCCCCCUACAAACACAUAUCUUAGCUGGGGAACAAAUUAAUAUUGUCUCCAUGGCAGAGCCUAUGCUAGAUGAUGAACUAAGCAAAAUCAAAUUAAAUUUGCUUAACCUGAGAAAGAGAGAAACUUAAACCUAAAUCACAUUUUAUUAUCAUCAUUUGCUGUGGAUAUCGAACCAAAAAAUAAAAAAUGAAAAUGAGAUAUGAGAAUAUAAUCGAGCGAUAUCACCCGCCUGCCCCCCAACAAAAAUGCAUACUAGUUCACACCAAACAAACAAACAAACAUCGUCUAGGUUAGGAUAUUGAUAUUAUUAACUCUUAUAGUGUAAAUGCAAACCAAACAAAAAAAAAAUCUUUUAUAAUUAUGACAUAUUUAUUCAAUAAACAAAACUGCUAAACUAAAA